AUGCUCUUUGUGCAUGGUCAUGGCGCCUACCUCAUGCAUGAGCUCCUAAAUGUCCCGAAAGCAGGAAAGCCUCCAAAGUACAAGGACUCCUGGGUUGAGAAACUGAACCAGGAGGGCUUUUCAGUCUGCGGCAUAGACCAACAGGGCUGUGGCUUCUCUGAGGGACUGGAGUGCUAUGUGGACCGUUUUGAUCACUACAUCGAUGAUGUCUUGCAGUUCGCCAGGUUGCUACCCAUCGCCCAGUUGUUUGUGGGGGCGAUUCUCUUCGCCCCGAUGCUCUCCCUGGAGCGCGCCUCAAAGCACGGCCUCAAUUAUUACCUACGACCUCUGGCAGCGCUUCUGAGCCGCAUCUGGCCCACACUGCCGGCGGCAUCCACCACGCGCAACCACCUGUACCCAGAGCUUCAGUCCUUAUGGGAUGCUGACCCUCUCUGUUGGCACGGGGCGACGCGUGCUCGCGUUGCAAAUGAAUACCUGCUGGCGACAGAGGCAGGCUUGAAGGAGAUGCCUUCCUACACAUUCCCCUUCAUAGUGUUCCACGGUGCAGAUGACACACUUACGGACCCAGACGGCUCUCGUACGCUAUAUGAGAGGUCACAGACCAAGGAUAAGACAUUCCGGCUCAUAGAGAAGCGCUGGCAUGUCCUCCUGAAGGAGCCUGGCAAUGCAGAGAUCCUGCAAGAGGUCAUUGCAUGGCUGAAAGCACGCACAUGAUGUGCAACUGCAUAGCGCACUUUGGAACCGGCUGUUGUCCAGCAACCAACUCCGAACUUGAACAGAUGUUGGUGGGUAUUUUUCCCUGCAAUGCACUGAGGACUAUGGAGUGAGCCGGCAUGUGCCGCACAGGCCCGACGCGCAGUGUUUAGAAAUGAAGGAUAUAUUUUAAUUUCCUUGUAGGUACUAUGGUACUAUCAGUAACAUCUGGGAUGAAUUUGCCUGCCAGUUUAUCUUGUAGUAUAUGGCAGACAGCUGUAGAUCAUUCCCUACUCAUGUCUUGAACCCACUUGAUGAAGAACCCUUCGCAUAAUGUAUUCUCGGUCUUGUUGGCCGCUCAACGUUGUAAGCCCAAUUUUGAUUC